AUGGCGAAGGACGAGAUGAGAUGCCCAUGCCCCGAAGGACUCGCCAGGACUCUCGGGGGCCAACCGCACCCUCGACGCUCAACCGAAAUUCGUAUCGAUAAAGUUCUGCACUUUCAAGUACGAGAUCAACCAUUUGACAUUUUUAAGUCUGGUAAAAUUAAGCAUAUUUGUUUUAAGAUCAACAGGCUGAUUCUCAAUGAUCAUACAUUAAAUGAUAUGUUUCAAGUUCAUCAAAGUUUGAAUACUUCGUUAUUUAAAAAUACAAAUUAUGUUCAUUUUGUUGUUGGCAGUGAAAACUUCCAAGUUCAUGUAGAUAUGUUAUCUUUAAAGAGCGAUGUCUUUAGAGCAAUGUUUGAUCAUAACAUGACAGAAAAAAAUUCAAAAAUAAUAAAAAUUGAAGAUUUUGAAGCUGAGGUAGUUGAAGAAAUGAUCAAAUUUAUUUACACCAAUGAAUUAAGUGAAACGAUUGAUCAUCCUCAAGAUCUUUAUGCUAUUGCACAUAAAUAUCAGAUAGAUAAUUUGCAAGCUAAAUGUAUCGAAUAUUUGAUUUUUAAUUUAAAUUUCUGCAAUGCUGCAAGUUUGUAUAAGUUCGCUAAAUUGUAUGAUAUAGAUGGAUUGAUACAGACUUUAAAUUCAUUUUUCAAGAAAUACGUCAAGAAUAUGGUAAAAGAAGAAACAUACAGAAGUUAUCUUUGUGAAAAUAUCAAUUCAGAAAAUCUAAAAGAUAUUUUAUUUUUGUGUGCUGAAUUCAAUGAAAGUUUAGGAGAUGUUCAAAAAACAGCUUUUACUUUUAUUAAAAAUAAUAUUUCAACAGUAAUUGAUCAAUUAAUCUUAGUUGAUUGGUUCAAAAAGCAUGGUACAUUCGCUUAUGAGUUAUUUAAGUUUAUUAAUUAUCAAGAUUCUCAAGAUUAG